GCACUGACUUUGUUACACCCCCCAAAAAAUAAAAAGUAACAAAGUAGUCAUCACAAACUACAAGAAAAAAACUUAGGCAAAAUACCAAAAAUAAAAUAUUUCAUUCAAAAACUCAAAAAAAAAAAAAAUGUCUUCAAGAUUGCUUCUUAUUUUCACCUUCUUCCUCUUCUGCCUACUACAAGUCUCUUCUGAUAUUGACAUUGAAGACCACCAAAAUCAGGUGGUGAAAGGAGGUAACAGGAGACUCUUGCCAUAUGUGGAUUGUGGAGGACUAUGCAAAGUGAGAUGUAGCAAGCACUCAAGACCAAAUUUAUGUAGCAGAGCUUGUGGGACUUGUUGUAUGAGGUGCAAAUGUGUUCCUCCAGGCACUUUCGGUAAUAGAGAAAUUUGUGGCAAAUGCUACACAGACAUGACUACUCAUGGAAACAAGACAAAGUGCCCUUAACUUAUAAUAAGAAGUAAUUUUUGAUGUAAUGUUGUGAUGAUGGUUCUCUGUAUGUCGUUUGGUAGUUGGUUAGAAUUAUGCGAGUAUGUCACAUUCGAUGUAUUAUUUUACGUAUGUGCUAGAGGGAUUAGUUAUAUGUGUUUUAUCAUUCACGUUUAUCUGUCAUAGUUUGACUUGACAUAGAUACCUGUCAAACUAUUUCUUA